GUAAUAGCAUUAACAUAUUAGAAAAAAUGAAACAGUUUAUUUUGAUUGGCAUUCUAAUUCAAUCCUAUUCAUUUAAACUUCAAAGUUUUUCGAAUGAUCCUCAGACUCCUAUGAAGGAUCCAGAAUGGAGAAGGUUUAAAAUAAAGUUUGGAAAAUUUUAUAGCAACGAUGAUGAAGAAAUAUCAAAAUACUUGAACUGAAAAAUAAACAAUGACAAUAUAAAAAUUCAUAAUUCCGAAAACCACCCUUUUGAAAUAGGAAUAAAUCAGUUUUCUGAUCUAACUCAUGAAGAAUUUUUAAAGAUUUAUGGAGGAUGUGUGAAAAUUCCAAACAGCAUUGUAAAUAUCACAAAAGGGUCUACAUUUUUACCUCCUAAUAAUGUCAAUAUACCUGAUAUGAUAGAUUGGAGAACUAAAGGUUACGUAACCGAAGUCAAGAACCAACAAUUGUGUUUAUCUUGUUAUGCAUUUAGCGCAACUGGAGCUUUAGAAGGCCAAACAUUUCGAAAAACAGGAGUUCUUCCUGAUUUGAGUGAGCAAAAUAUAAUUGAUUGCUCGUAUUCUUUUGGAAAUUAUGGUUGCCGUGGUGGUUGGAUGGAUAAUGCAUUUGAAUAUAUAAAAGUUAAUAAAGGAAUUGAGAACGAAUUUGAUUAUCCAUAUUAUGCUCAGGAUCUUAACGAUUGUUACUACCAAGAGGAAUACAGUGUAGCAUCUGAUACAGGUUUUGUUGACAUACCUUCUGGAAAUGAAAAUGCUCUUAAAGAGGCUGUUGCUACAAUUGGACCAAUAUCUGUUACUAUUGAUGCUAGUAAAAGUUCUUUUGCGAGCUAUAAGUCAGGUGUGUAUUAUGAGCCAACUUGUGGCAAUGCUAUACAGAAUCUUACUCAUGGUGUUUUAGUCGUUGGUUAUGGUACCGAAAAAGGUCGCGAUUUUUGGCUUGUAAAAAACAGUUGGGGCAAAAUGUGGGGAGAUCAAGGUUAUAUUAAAAUGUCAAGAAAUAAGUCGAAUCAAUGUGGUAUUGCAACUAAAGCCAGUUUUCCGUUAGUUUAAGCUUUAAAACAACUUCAAUCAUUCAUAAUUGUUUGGACACCUUUAUACAACUAUAUCAACAGUUUUAAAUAUUUUGAGAGAAAGCUGUAAAAAACCAAACAUAGCUAAAGAACGUUUAGAAUUAUAAACCAGCAUAUUUUUCUAUUAAGUAUUUUACAAAGCACAAUAAACAAUGCACAAACAUUUAAAAAUGGUGUUGGAAUAAGUUUUCAAGUGAUAACAGCUUGAUCCUAGAAAAAGAUCCCAGAACUAUUGUUUAAUGAUGCACGCAAUAUAAUGCUUUUUAUAUUAUUUUGUAUUAACAUUUUAUAUAAUAAAAAUUUAUAUUUACAA